AUGCCGCAAUCCUUUUCUUCCAUCGUCAAAAUGGGCGAAUACAUACUAAAGUCCCCAUCUUUGUCUAAGGUCUUUGUCCCAGUCGCUAGACAAUUCAUCAAUUUCUCCGGUUACAGAAAGUUGGGUCUAAGAUACGACGAUUUAAUCUCAGAAGAGAGCGAUAUUGCUCAAACUGCCAUCAAGAGAUUGCCUGAGCAAGAAUCAUAUGCUAGAGUUUUCAGAAUCAUUCAAGCUCACCAAUGUGAAGUAACCCACCACUUGCUACCAAAGAACAAAUGGACCACUCCUGAGGAUGAUGUCCCAUACCUACUACCUUACUUGUUGGAAGCUGAGGCUGCUGUUGCUGAAAAACAAGAGUUGGAUAACUUGGAACUAAAAUAA